UCUCAUCCCGCCUCAGUUGGUUUCUCUCUUUUUAUAUAUCUGUUAUUUUUGGCGCGCUCUCCCUCAAGUUUGAGCCCCGGCGCGAGCCGCUCCCGCCAUGAGCGCUUCUCCACCAGCUGACAGGUGUCAGGCAGAAGGAGAGGAGGGAGACGCCGGAGGAGCCCGGGAAGGAAGCCGGCAGUCAGCCGCCAAAGCCCGCUGGGUGCUCCUCAGACAGGUUCUGAAGAAAAAACAUUUGAAGAAUGUUCACCUUCCGCAAGUAUCAGUAAGGAGAUUUGCUUCAUUCAGUCUCUUCUCAGUAACAGAAGAGGAGAGAAGGGUGACAGAAGAUGACCAAGGAACCUGGCUUCAGUACAAAAGCAUCUAUUAUCCUGAAUACAGUAUAUCCUUGAAAUUUAACAGCGGACUAUUAAAUAUUGAAGAUGUUCUGACAAGUUUUGACAACACAGGAAAUGUUUGUAUCUGGCCUUCUGAAGAGGUACUAGCUUACUACUGCCUGAAGUACCAUGAAGUGUUCAGGGGCCUUGCUGUGUGUGAGCUAGGGGGUGGCAUGACAUGCUUGGCUGGGCUUAUGGUUGCUAUUUCUGCAGAUGUCAAAGAAGUUCUGUUAACUGAUGGAAAUGAAAAGGCCAUCAAAAAUGUAAGCGAUAUAAUCAGAAGAAACCAAAAGAAGUUCAGAGCCCAAGCAGUCUCAAGCUGCAUUCUACGAUGGGAUAAUGAGACAGAUGUCUCUCAACUGGAAGGACAUUUUGACAUUGUUAUGUGUGCUGACUGCCUGUUUCUGGACCAGUACAGAGCUAGCCUUGUGGAUGCAAUAAAGAGAUUACUCCAACCCAGUGGGAAAGCGAUGAUAUUUGCUCCAAUCAGAGGGAAUACUCUGAACCAGUUUUGCAAUCUAGCUGAAAAAGCUGGUUUCUCUAUCCAAAGACAUGAAAAUUAUGAUGAACACAUUUCAAACUUCCACUCCAAGUUGAAAAAAGAAGAAAAAGGCAUUUAUGAUGAAAACCUCCACUACCCAUUUCUUCUUAUUUUAACCAAACAUUGAUAGAAUAUGUGGUAGAUAUGCUUUGAUUACAAAGGGCAGGGAAUGGGGGACAGCUAUAUGAAUGUGCCAUUUUAGGUAUAACCAAAGUGGGCAAAAGUUUUCAUUGCUUCUUCAGAAAGGAGACCCCAGCUGCACAGUACAUUGGUCUUAGAACUUGCGCAUCCGUUUUCUUAAAAAGCAAGCCUGGAAAGACUUGAAGCCUUAAGCAAGCUCCAUUUCUCUCUGCUUGUGGCUGUUGUCGCGCACCGAGUUUCUUCAUUUCCACACACACAAAAAUAAAAAAACAGCCUUUCCUGUUAAUAUUUGAAAAAAGCAUAUGUUCUGUGGUUGUGCCUGACCAACUGAACUGGAUAAUUGUUGGACAGAACAGACAUCACAUCAUAUUCUAUAUAACCUCAUGAUAUAUUUUGAUCUCCCCCACCCCACCCUCCUUUCUCCCUCGUGCUUUUCUUGAAAUUUGCCUUAUGGGUUUUCCUCCCCCUUUCAGAGUGAAAUGCUUCAAACUCGCUUUGCUUAAUGUUUAAUCAGUUAAUGUUUUUUGACAUGGUGAUUU